AGUCAAAAAAAUUGGUAUUAUAAUAAAUCGGAGUCACAUUGCUUAUAGAAAAGUUAUUCACAGGAAAAAAGGCUGUAAUAUAUUUUAAUCAAUACUUAACAAUACCUAACCUAUCUAUAUUUCUUAUAUUUUUCGUUUUAACCUCAGGUUUUUUGGGAGGUAUUCACAUUUGUUGAGUAAAUUCUUGAAAAAAUCAAAAACUGAUUUCUCUAAAGGAGGUACUUUCUAGUCAGUAAAUCUGACUGUAAAGGUACCAGGUCAAAUUUACUUACAGAAAAAGUGCUAUCAAUGUAAAUUGGUGCAAAAUUGCUGAUAAAAAAGUUGUGCUCAGAAAAAAAAUCUUAUUAUUUUAGUUAAAUUUCUUUUUACAUUUUUUUCCUUUUUUUUUUUUUCGAUUUUUCACAUUUAAUACAAAAACUUUUUUAAAUUGUAGCAAGAUUUCUGGUAGAAAGUUGUGAUAGUUGGCAGGUAAAAAAAAAAAAAUAACAUCUUAGUAAAACCAUAAGCUUCGCUCCACUCAGAAUCUAACAGUUAAAAUAUUAAAAGGUACAAAACAUUAAUUUUAUUUUUAGCAAUUCAUAGAAUUUUUAUUAAUCUGACAAGAUAGUAAAAAUAAAAAAAAAAUAUAAAAUAAUAUUAAAAAUCACUUUUCUGACAAUGAAAAAGGUUUUCUUUUUGUUUUAUAUAUAACAAACAUAUAAAAUAUAAUAAGACCUAAAAUAAUUUUAAUAAAAAUGACAGCUGAGGUUUAAAUUACCAUUUCUGUAAUGUUAACACUUACAAAACAAAUAAAAAUAUAUUAAUUUUUAAGUUCACUGUGAAACAUUAAAUGUCAUUCAAAUUUUGAUAUCUUAGAUUGGACUGAUAUUUUUUUAUACUGCAAUAACAAAUUAAAUGAACUCAACGAUGAUGAAUUUCAAUUGUAACUUUAAAGGUAAAUACCACCAAUGUGAAUUUGUAUCCACUAACUUGGCAAUAAGAUCUGAUACAUUAAAACACACGGCCUAAAUAUGUAAAAUCAGGACUUGGGUUUAAUCCUUGAGAAAGUUCCAUAAAACCCAUUUUUGUAUAAAACUCCACUGUUUGACGAUCUUUUGUUCUUAAAGGUACAUGAACGCCAAAUGAACCUAUGGACAAAUUAAUCUAAUUAAUCUAAUAUUUAUACUGAAAAUUAAAUUAAAAUCAAAUAAGUAAAUAUAAAUAAUAAAACGAGAUAUUAAUAUGCAUACCAUUAGCUCUCAAUGCAGCUAGAAGGCAAAUAAUAAGCCGUUUACAAAUUGAUGCAUCAUUAUUUACAGGCAAUGUAGCACAUGUCAUAACAGAUUGAUGUUGAGAAAGAGCAUUAGAAUCUGGCAGUUCUCCAUUCAUAUCAAACAAAUGAAACCAACUGAUAAUUUCCUAAGAAAUAAAUUCAUAAAAUUAUGAUUAUAAUUAACACAAUAAAAUUAAAAUAAAUUUAACUAAAAAGUGAACAAGGGUUUGAGGGUAGCAUAACGAUUGAAACAAAACAUAGGGGCAUUCUGAGAAAGUUAAUAGAAAGAUGAGGAAUGUAAAUGGAACAAACAAAACACUUAAAUUUAAAAUUGUUCAAAAUAAUGUUUGUCUACUACAAUUAAAUGAGUAAUGAAAGGAUUAAAUAAAUAAGUACACAAACUGGUCUAAUUUCAAACACUUAACGAUUUUUAAAAAAAAAAAAAAAAAUAAUAAUAAUAAUAAUAAUAAUAAUAAUAAUUGAAAACUACUCUUUUAAUUUUUGUUUGAGCAAAAAUAUAAAUAUAGACAUUAAAAAUUUGAUUUUUUAAUCAUUUCAUUUUUUGUAAAUUGAAAUAUAAAUAAAUAUUUUAUCCCAUUUGAAAGAAAAAAAUGUUUUUACAGUUUGCACAAGACAUGGAAUCUAUUAAUAUAGAUGCAAUUAUGGCAAUUUUACCAAAGAUACAAUACAAUAAUAGGCUAGGAUAUUCUUUUACAAAAUGUUGCACCAUAGUUUAAUAAAUAUUUCACAUAUCAAAAACAAUUAUUUAAGUAGAUAUAUGAACACGACUUUAUAAUGAAUAAAUAUUUUAAUGACACCAAAAUUUAAAUAUAAUUAAUAAAAUAAAAUAAUAAAAAAUAUAAAUUGUCCAAAAUUAGACUUCUUUCACUUCCACUACUACUUUCAAUAAUAUAUGUUAAUAUUAUUAUUAUAAUUGGUAACCAAUAUUUUUAAUACAGCCAAGUAUGUCUGUUGGAACAGAUUUUGUAUCAGAACUUAAGAGCUAUCUGAUUAACAUGGAUACAAUGUAGCAAAUUACCAAUUAUACAAAAAAUAUUCUAUUUGAAGUUAAUUAGUUAAGACUAUCUAUAAUUUUUUAGUAGCUAAAUCAACAGGUAACAAAUUAUUAUAAAUAAAGUCAUAAAUUCAAGAUCACUAAAAACUACAACCAUGAUAUAUUAUUGAACUUCAAUGUUAAUGUGAAAAUUAUCUAAAAAAUCCAGUAAUUAAGACAGCUUGUUUAUUGUUUGCUAUGUUUAUUUACAUGGUACAGCUACCCAAUAAUAUUAAACAUAGAUCUGUAUUUCAUUUUUAAUCUUAUACAAUAUGAAUCUAAACUUACUUGUGAAACUGACUGCAUUUCACCACUAGUAUUAUCUGGCAAUGGAUAUUUAGAACACAUCUCAGGGAGCCAAGAAACUUGUAAUUUUUGAUAAAAUUCUUUUGCAUUUAACGCAGCUAAUGCAUAGCCAAUAACAGUACCAUUGUCUUCUAUGACAAAACAGAGUUCUGGACUAAAUGUCAAAUAUGAGCCAACCAGUCUGAAAAAGUAAUAAUUUAUUUAAAAUAAUAUUUAAAUUUAUAUUUAAUAGAAUUUUACCUAUCAGGUAUUAAGUCAGGGAGAUCAGAUUUUUUCACACUAUCAUCAACACCUGUAUAACAAGUACACCUACAAAUAUUGUAUACUGCAGAUUCGUCUUCAUAAGUGUAUGGCCGUACAUUAUACAUUUUAUUUGUAGGUAUAUCUGGAGGUUUGUAUACAAAUAGAUCAGAUCCUGCAUCAACGGGCAUUAACCUCUAGUAAAAAAAAAAUGAAAAAAAUGAUUAUAUAUUUUAAUUUUAAUUAUAUUAUAAUUAUUAUAUGUAUUUUUUUUAUCACAAGAACUUUGUCAUAUUUUCAGUUGUAUAUACUACUUAUCAGUAGAUACAACAAUAUACCUAAAAAUAAUUUUUAUUAAGUUACAAAAUAUAGUUUGACUUACUUGUAAAUCAGCAACUAAACCACCUCUGAACACCCAAGGUUCUUGGUCACCACUCAUAAAACUUUCUUUCCAUCCUUUUGAAAACCCUAAAAUUUAAAAAUGUAUUAUAUUAAUAUUUAUGACAACUAUUAUCACUAGAACAACAAUAUAAUGAAUACACAUAUUAAAAAUUGAUUUAUUAAUAAUUAAGAAUAAAAUAAGUUUAUCUGUUCAAAAAUAGAUCGCCUAAAAGAUUAAAAAUAAUUAGAAAGCCCAAUCUGGAUCAAUACAAGCCAACAACCAUAAAAAUAUACGGUUGAAAAUCAUUUGAAAACUUAAUAAAGCAAAGGUAUAUAUUUUGACAAUAAAAUUGAAAUAACAUGUUAAAAGCAAUAUUCAGUCAAAUAUUUUUAGGCGAUCUAGAUAAGAAAAUGAUCAAUAAUAGAAAGGCUAAAAUAUUACGACUUACAGUGAAAACACUAGUUGUUGGUUUUAUUUGACCAAGAUUGAGUUCUAUUAAAGAUAAAACAAAUUAAAAAAAUGAAAAAAAAAAAUCUACUUUUAACAAUAAUUAAAAAUAAUAUUUACUUACAUGUAUAAGAUCCAAGUGUAUAAUUAAUGAUUGACUGUGGAAAAUGGCCAAGAGCUAAAUAAAAAAAAAUGUAUACAUAAAUGCAUGAAAUUAUUAUGAACCACUUAAUAUUAAAAUACUAACAAAGCCACUUGACAUAGAAAUUUAACAAUGAGACAAUACACCGAGCAUCCCACACAUAAGGGUACAAAUCAUGGACUAGCUCCCUGUUUGCACUAAAUGCAAGUCUUUGAAACAGUUCAUUCACCUGUUCUGCCAUUUCAUCCAUUUUAUUUGCUCUAUCAUACCAUUCUUCAAUCUAAAAAAAACAUGAAAAAUGUUUAACAUUUCAAUAUUAUUUAUUUUUACACUCAAUUAGUAGUAAUAUAGAAAAAUUACAUUGGAUUGGUUAAAUGUCUAAAUUUAAAACAAUAAAACUGGAAAUAGUAUUUUUUUUUUUCCAAAAAACAAUAAUUUGUGUUGGAAAAUAAUAUAAUUUAUAAUACUUGAAUUACUAUACUCGCACAACUUUUAAAUUUUAAUACAUUUUUUACAUUUCAUAGCUUACAAUAUCUUAUAAUUAUUAUUAUUUAUUUUGAUUUUGGUCUGUACCACAUUAAUACUUUGUCUAACUAAGGUGUUCAUUAAAGUACUUAAUGUAUAAUAACUUCAUAAACUGUAUUUUAAGUAAAUUGAUGAGUAGAUAAAACAACAUAAAUAAAUGUUCAUAAAAUUCCAGAAGACAUAAUAAUAAUUAAAUAUAAAUUACUUUAAUAUUAUUAUUAUAUUUACUAAUAUUUAAUAGCUGUUAAUUAAUAUUUAAAUAUUUUAUUUGACUCAUUGAUAAUAAAUAAAUAAUGUAGGGAAAAUGUCCAAAAAAUAAAAGUUUAUUAUAAUAUGGUAUUGCAUUUUUAUUAAUUUUUAAUUUAUUAUUUUUAAGAUGUUUACUUUUUGUGAAAUUUUGUUUUUAAUCUUAAUUAAUAUUUAUAUCAAUUUUUUACGAUUAUUAUUUCUAUGUUUAAUAUAUUAAAAUUAUUUAUAUAAAUAACAUAUUUAAAUUUUCCAACAUUUUUGGGUAAUUUUUACUUUGAACAUUUUGGUUGAAUGCCAUAAAUAACACACAUACUUCUGGUUUAGAUGAAGUCGAAUCAUUUUUCUUUAAUUUUUUCAAAUUUUCAUAAGACACCAAAUGGGCAUUACUUUUUAACCAAUUAAAUUCUGUUAAAAAUUGAACACUUUGAGGGCCAUGUUCAAAUGGCAAAUAAAAUAAAUCACACAGUAACAACAAAUCUUCUUCUGUUAGAUCUCUAAUAUCAAUAAUAAAAAUAAAACAAAAUAAUUAUAAACCAAUUAGUUGACAGCAAAUAAAAUUUUACUUUUCAUAAGAAUGCUUUUGAUCUUGUGUAACAUCAACAACCAUAUCUGCACUAGGACUAGGGAUUUCCACUUGCAUUGAAAUACUCUAAAAUAUUGAAAAAUAUAUUUAAAUUAUAAUAUAUUAUACGUAGUUACAUAAUAUGUAUUAUUAUAAAUUAGAAUGGUUGUUAUAUUGGACUCUGGCACAAUUUUUUAUUUCAUAUAAAUUUUCUAUUCUAUAUACUGAAAUAAAACCAUCAACCCAAUUAGGUCUCAGACUUUUAAAACUGAAUGUUUUACAAUUAUUUUCUUUACAUUUUGCACAUGCUCAAUGAUUUAAUAACAUUCAUUUGUAUUUAUUAACUAAAUAUCCUUAUUUUUUGAUAAAAGUGAUAUUUUAUUAUUUAUGACAUACAAGCUCAAAUUUUCUUUUUUGCAUUGAUUUUAAACAUGAAAUAAGUGUGCAUGUGCAAUUUUAAUCCAAUUGUAUUUAAAUAAUGUUAUUAUUUUUUUUUAUAAGUUAUCAUAUGACAAAAUUGGUAUCUAUAUAUAAGGUUAAUAGCCAUAAAAUAAUUCUUACAAAUAGUUAAUUUUUUUAAUUUCAGUAUUGCAACAAAAAAACUAUACACAUAUAUUUUUCAGUAAUUUAUUUUCAUAAGUAUUAUAAAUGAGAGCUGGUAUAUCAAUGAAUGAUUAAAAUAUAAUAUUUAAGUAUUUUCAGUAAAAAUAAGGACAUUUAACACAUAAAUACAACAAAUAAAUAAUUUUCAAUCACUGCAUAUGGCAAAAUAUUAAAAAAAAUAAUUGUUAAUAAGAUUUGGUUUUUUAAGUAUGAGAUCCACACCAAACUUUUUAAUUGCGUAUGAACCUAAAAACGAUAAUAACUACAGCUUAUUGAAAUUCCUAUUUUAUUUAAAUAUAUACAAUUGAGUAAAUUAAUACCAAUUAGUCAAUAUUAAAAUAGGGCUAGAAAACAAUUUUUAGAUUUAGUUUGUUCUUUCUAUAACAGUGAUGCACAAUCUUUUUUGAUCCACGGCCUCCAAAUUAAUUUAUUUCGAUGAGGCGACUUAAUAAUAUUACAUAAGAGUAUAAUACAUAUAUUUACUUGAAGUAUAACAAUAAUUAUAGUCAUAUAAAUUAAAUUGUUAAUUUUAUGCAAUUUUAAUAUUUGUUUAAUUUAAUUUAUCCAAAUUUUUGAUUCCAAAACAUAAAAAAAAAAAAUAUUUUCAUGAGACCCUUGUGCUUGAAUUUUAAACAUAAUUGAAUUUAAAUUGGGUUUGAUAUUUAAGAUUUCCACUCUUAAAUCUGUUUCUACAUUUAAUCUGGAGCGAUGUUUGUUUUUUUUAACAUCGCUAGUGGUGAAAAUGCUGUUUUACAUAAAUAAGUUGAAGUAAAAGGAAAUAAGAAUUUCUAAUUAAAUUUAAAAAUAGCCCAUAUACAUGUGAUUCAAUAAAACUUAUUAUCACAAUAUUAAGAUAAUAAUGACAUAUUACGAUUGAUACGGCCACAAUAAAAACGGUACAAUACAAAUUACUUUAUAUAAAAUAAUUUGUAUUUAUAAUUUUAAUUUGGUGUUACAAUAUUGUGACCCACUUAGGGAUAGUGACCUCCAGGUUGCUCACCACUGGUAUAUAGAAUUUAAAAAUUAUGUAAAAUAAAAAAAAAUUUUGUGUCAAAUUCCAAAAUAACAGCCACCCUAAUAUAUAUUAUAUAUAUUACUGUUAAAGCCCAAAAUCAGAUAAUAAUGAAAUUUGCUAAUUUUAACUUGGUUUACCAAAAUAUGCUCAUAAAAAUUAAUAUUUACUAAGUACAACUAAUUUUUAGUAAAAGCUAGGUUGUAGGUACAAAUUUGAUGUAAAUAAUAUAAUUCAGGUUUAUACUAUAUCUCAUCAUAAAAUAAACUAUGCUUGAUCUGAUUUUAGAUUUUUACCAUAAAAUAUACGUACAGAACCAUUAUCAGUAUUCAUGGCUGAAUCUGAAUUUUGUGGUGAUAAUACUGGUGACAUAUUGCAGUCCAUGGGCUCACUGAUCACUUUGCUUUCAGAUACUAAUGAAUUCAUUAUCACCAAGGGAUGAUUUAUGCCAGCAGCAACAGCAGGUUGUAAGAUAUUACUGUUGCCAUUUACAGUUGAUGAUGAAAUUGAUUCUACGUUAUUUGUUGUACAUAAAGACAAUGGGGUAGUGGAAGUAGAAGUUGUAAUGGUAGUGGUUGAGGUUGCCAUACAAGUAUUAAAUGAUGGAACAGGAAUGGCUACAGGAGACAUAAUUGCUAUAGCAGGUUGAGGUUUGAUGAUUGGUCCAUGAGCUUGUUUCUGUCUACGAAAUUCUGGUAUCCACUCUUUUAUUGCAAUACGUAAUGCUCUUCUUGAAUGGUAAAUAUUCUCUGGAAGAUCAAUAAUACCUUCUUCAUCACUCUCAGUUUCUAAUUUCAUACUUUCAUCUAGAAUAAAAUUAAGCCUUUGAAGAAUAAUAACAGUAUCAUUGAUUUGAUGUAGUUCUAUAUGUUGCAUUAGUAUUAAUUCUUUACAGAAAUAAUAUUGGCCCCAUACCAGUUAUUUUAUUAAGUUAGUGUACACAGAAUUACAAUACACUUAAAAAUAAAUUAUUGUUAUUAUUUAUUAAGUUAAAUUAAACUUUAACUAUUAAAUUCUGAGUGGAACAAGGAAUAUAUUGGUUUUACAAUGAUAUGUUUUUUUUCUGUGGACAACUUUCUACCGGCAAUUUUGCUCAGAUUUACAAUGAAAGCACUUUUUCUAAAAAGAAAUCUCACUGGGGAAAUCAUUUUUUGAUUUUCCCAAGAGUUUUCCAAAUAAAUGGGAAAAACAUAAGAACAAUUAACAUAGGUACAAUAUGAAACAAAUAUUAUAAAAAAAAAUAUAUAAUGCAUAUUUAAUUAUUUUACCAUAGUAUAACAUACAUAUUGUUGACAAAGUAGCACUAUCAACCGAAAUCUGGAACCAAGAGGAAGAGGACAACUCUCAAAACUUUUAUCACACAUAAAUAAUAGCAACACUCUACCCAAGCUAUGGCACCAAGCCAAAAUGAUUGCAAUCCUAAAACCAGGAAAACCGAGUCACGAAAAUGGCUUUUAUCAUUCAAAUCUGAUGUGGUGUUUUUAGAUCUAACUUCCGCCUACGAUACAGUUUGGAAGCAAAGACUACUCCUCAAGUUGACAAAAAUCCUAAAACGUAAGACAACAAUACAACUCAUUAAUAAUAUGCUUUCGGAUAGAAAUUUUAGAGUUGGCCUAAAUGGCAUUUAAAGUAAAGUACCUCCAACAUGGCCUCCCGCAGGAAUCUGUCCUUUCCCCAAUAUAAUUUAAUGUAUACAAAACAGACGUAAUAGAAACAACAGCUAGGAAAUUUAUGUACACUGAUGAUGUGGGUCUUGUGGCACAGGCAAAAACAUUCGAAAAGCUAGAGGAAAUACCAAAUAAAGAGUUGAGUAAAGUUCAAACUUACUUUAAGACAUGGCACCUCACUCUCAAUCCCAAUAAGACCACAGCUAUAGCCUUCCAUCUCAAUAACAAAGAAGCCAAAAGAAAGCUCAACCUGUCAACUAAUGGAGUAUCUAUACCCAACAAACUUGCCUAAAAUAUCUCAGCAUUAAACUGGACAGGUCUUUAAAUUACAAACAUCACCUGGAAGGAGUAAAAAUAAAAUAAAAUCCAGAAAUAACAUCCUAACAAAACCAUCGGGAAUAAGCUGGGGAUGUAAGGCCAUCGUACUGCGUACAUCGGCUGUGACAUUAGUCUAAAACGUCAUGGAGUACUGUGUACCAGUGUGGGCAAGAAGCACGCACGUUAAAACUGUGGAUACGCAGCUUAACCAUACAAUGAGGAUCAUUAUAAGGGUUAUAAAAUUUACUAGCACACAAUUGCUGCCAGUUCUCUUGAACCUAUGCUCCACCUGAUAUGUAUUGUUAUGCCGCAGCUGCCAAAAUAGUGCAAAAAAUAGAAAAACUUAUCUAACCUAUCAGUUCAUAGUGAUGUGUUUCAGACACCUGGCCUGACUUAAAUCCCAACACUCGAUUGAGAUAAACUUAGAUUUUUUGGAGUCUAUGGAGGAAAAAUGGAAAAAGAAAUUGACAAAUAAUAAAGUAUGCAAUCAACACUUAAUAGAAGAUCCUACACAUAGUCCCUAGUUUUGAUCUCCCAAAAGUAGAAUGGAUGAUACUCAACAGAGUGAGGACGGGGUAGAAACAGGGUAAGUAUAAUUACCUCAUGUAUAAGUGGAGGAUGGUGGACUCACCAUAUUGUGCUUGUGAUCAGGCGUAGAUAGUUAAACACGUUGCACAAGAAUGCCAUUAUCACGAUUUGGAAGAGGCAAUCACAGACUCCACGGAGCCAGGAAGAAGCUAGAGAAUGGCUAAGAAAUUUAGAUUGACGCCUAUGAACCAAAAUUAUACCCUCUAUAAAUUGUAACAGAAUGUUUGACUUUGUUUUUUUAACCCCUUUUUAUUUUAUAUUUUUUUUUUCGUAUUAUUUUAUUAUUAUUGUUAUGUUAUUUUUCUUUUUACUAUUUCUUAUUGAUUAUAAUUGGUAACAUUAUUCAUUAUUUAUUAUAUUAUAUUAUAUUAUUAUUAUUAUGUUACAUAUCCGAUUGCCAUAUGAAAAUAAAUAAUUGUUGCUUACAGAUAUACAUUAAAUUUCCCCUCUACUCCCUUCCCAACUUCUCACCUAUAACAGUAGCUGCAUACAUUCCCAUUAUUCGAAGAUAGCUUUUUGUUUAAAUUUGAUUAUAAAAUAAAUUUCUAAACUUUUAGGCACUCUUUUGGAAUCUAUACAAAUUCCAUUCUAUGAAAUGUCCAGAUUUUUUCAUAAUAAAAUUGUGUAUGUAAAAAAUAAUAAUAAUAUAAACACUUUUUUUUUAUAAGCAAUUUAAAUCGUUAUUAUUUCAUUUAUACUUUGAUACACUAUCUCAGAAAUUUUGUUUUUAAUGAAAUUCUUAAGAAUUGUAAACUGUUCAAUAUGUAUAAAUGUAAUGAUAGCUUUUAAUGGUUUAACUAUUUGGAAUUAAUACAAAAUUUAUUAGAACUCCUACAUAGUUGCCAAAAACAUUAUUUAGAACACAAAUUAUAUUUUACAUUAUUUUCUUAAUCUCAUUUCCUUUAGCUUUUCAUUAUGAUGUUUAAAUUAAUUAAUAACAAAUUAGAAACUUUGAGAAAAGUAUUUUUAUAAAAUUAAAAUAAUAAAUGUCAAAAUAAACUGUACUUCACAAAAAUGGUUAAACAAAUAUUUCACCCAGAUUGAAAUAGUUUUUUUAGGAAGAACAAAGGUACACUAAAGUACAUGUUUUGAGACAAUUCUCAAAAUUAAAAUUCUUCCACUGUGUGCAAUACAAUUUACAUUUUUAUAAAUAAAAACACUUAUUUUUAGCAUCAGAUUCGAAAAGUUCCAAUUUUUUAUUUAAUCUACUUUGACUAACAGAAAUUUGUUAGCACCCCACUAAAGCGCUGUAAAAAUGUAUUCCUUUGCCACUCAUGUUCGUCAUCACCCUCUCAUAUAAAAUUACAUAUGUUGAUCAUAUUAAAAUAAUAAUAAUAUAACGGAUACCAAAAUUUGGAAACAUCUAAAUAUUGUGUCAAAUUCAUCUUGCAUUUAUAAUACAAAUAUAAUUCCAGAAAAUUUCUGUAGGUUCCAGGCCAAAACCUAAAAAUUUGCCAAAUACAUUGCCAAUUUCAUAGAAAAAUUUUGAUCAAAAUAAAUUUAAUAUGUUCGAACAUAAUCAAUAUAAUAUAUAAUCUAAUAAAAGAAGCUAGUGUUAUGGGGCCAACUAAUACUUUUUUUUCAUCCUAAGUUUAUUUUAAAAUAAUAUGACUUUUUUUUCUCGUUUUAACAAAUUUAUAAGUGAAGACAUUUUACUACUAAUUUAAGUGAGAAGAAUGAUAAGUAAAGAUAAAAAAUUAGUUUGACAUUUUUUGAAAAACCAAAAAAAAUGUAUUUUUUUAUUUUGACAUUAGGGUAAUACAUUGUAUUUUAUGAUAAUUAUUCUCAACAACCAUAAUAGCAGGUAUAUGAUGUUAAUAUCUUAAAAAUAUUUCUAUACCAAAGAUAAUUAUUACAAUAUUAUACAAAUUAUGUAAUACUCAAUUCUUUGGUUGAAUACCUUUUUAGUUAAAUGAAUUAUACUUAUUGUAUAAUAUAUAUUGCACAAAAUCAAUAUAAGAUCAACAAAUAAAAAGUGACUUGAAUAUUUGUACAUACUGUCAUGUGUGAUAGAUGAAGGAUCAGAACUACAUUUACUCCAUUGAGCCAAUGUAUGAAUAGCUACAAAAUUAGCACCAUAUUCACAGUUUGGAUUGGUCAAUACUCCUCUUAACUGUGAAAUUAAAUCAGGAGAACGUCCCUGAUAAGGUCCCAAAAAUACACGCUUUUGAUCAUAAUCAUUAGCAUGUAGAUUGUCCCAUAUAACAGGAGGUCGUCUUAAUACUUCGGUAAUUUCUCUAAUAGAUUCAGUAGUCAAUGAACGUGAUAUAACUUUUUGUCCUGAAACAAAUUGUAAGCAGAUCAUAGUCAAGAGGCUUACAUUAUUCAUCCAACUUUGAAUUUUUUAUUCAAUUUACAGCAGCUAACCGGUCCACAUUAUAUCAAUUUGGGGUGCCAACUUUGAACCUAAGGUAUUUAAGUAAUCAGAAUUUUGAACAUUUGGUACUGCCCGUGCUGAACAAUAUUGAGUAGGACAAACUAAAAAUUUGGGUUGACCAAGAUGUUGAAAUAUUUCAUUUGUAAUUGAUACCUACAAAUUUGAAACAUUUGACAUUUAAAACCUUAUAACAAGCUUUAAUAUUAUUUUAAUAUAAUUGUCAAACUACCUGAGCAUGUGCAAAUGAUUGAAACACUUCCUUAUCAGCUGGUGACAUAUCUGGUUCAAUAUCAUCAAAUAAUAAAGCAAAUGCUUUACAACCACAUUGAACAACUUGAUCCAACUUUCGUUUGAGGGUAGAUAUUUCUUUCUGACUACUAUAGGUCAUGUCAAGUCCUGGAGAUAAAGCAUAAUAGAGGGUAACUCCACAGUCUCUAGCAGCACUAAUUAAACCACCCAAUUGCUCUGCUUCUUCAACUGUGUACAAAUCUCUCCAAUAUGCCCGGUGUUUGUAAUCGUCUUUAGGAGCAUACACAUAACAACCUACUCCCCAUUUUUUUAACCUAAAAAUGAUUUAAAUAGAAAAUAAUUACAUAUAUAAUGAUAAAAUGUUAAUAUAAAUUUAAACUUUAAGCUUUGAAUUGUAUUAAUUAAUUUUUAAACGAAUAUAAGCUUAUAACACAGCAAUAUAAAAUAAGCAUAUUAAAUAAAAUGAAUACAACCCAAAAUUUGGUAAUUUUUGAAUCUGCACCAAUUAUUUUUCUGCUACAGUUAAUUUAGGUGGUGAAUAAUAAAAAAAUAAAAUAAAAUUAUAAAAAAGAAAACAGAAAUUAAAAACUAAGCACAGCAUGAGUCUACUAUCAAAAUGAUGUGAAAUCAUAACAUAGCUGUCUGUUGACUGUUCGUCUGCGACACUUAUACAUUUUUCACUAUGAAACACUUUUUAAUUGCAAUUGUCACAAAAUUACGGCAAAAAAAAAAAAAAUGCACGAAUAUUAUAGCGUUCGUAAAUGCGAGGCAUUAAAUUAUAUUUAAUUUUAAUUUAUUUUUAAUCCACCGUUAGCAACCAAAAAACAGCAUAGUAACCGGUAAACAACAAUCACCAUUAGCAUGUAUUAUGGAUACAUAAUAUUGAAAACAUCGCAGGGUUUCAGGUUGAAAUUGGUGCAUAGGGUUGACUGGGGUGAAACAGAGGCAGAUGCGAGUGAGAGGUGACAGGUUAGAAUUGAAUCCAUUCACAAGUUUUGUAACAAACAGCAGCCUGGGUUUAAAAAUAUACAUUUUUUUUGUUUGUUUUUUUUUUUUUUUUAGCACAAAUGGGCCAAAGCAAUAAAUAUUACUCAUGUGAAUAUCUUUCUUGUUUACUCCAGAAUAACAUGCUCAACUAAUAAGACACAAAAUAAUUUAAAUCGCUCAAAUUAAGACUGUAUGCAUAAAUUUUCACACAGUCUUGCUACGAUUAGUACUAAAACAGUUAUUUUGUAUUUUAUCUUUAGUAACAGAAUACAUGUAUAAUGUAUAUAUGUAUUACCACAACACAAGUUUGUGAAAUAUUCUGUGCAUACAAUCUGUUUUUUUUUUCCAUACAUUGAUUGUACUUUGCAAUCUAAAAAUACAGUAAUAAAUAUUGAGUUAACAUAUAUACUCUACUAAAGAGUUAGAGCAGCAGAUGGCCAACAAUUUAUUAAGGGUAAAGUUUCAAUAUACUUAGUACAAAAUAUUAACUACCUGUACUAAUCAACAUUAUUUCCAUGCGUUCAAAAAUAGUAUUCAGUUCAGAACUUGGUUAAACCAAGCUGUUACAAUACACACAACACACACAUGUAUAUGAAAAGUUUAAAUAAGUAUUAUUUAUAAAAGUUUAUAUUUAGUCGUUUUCAUAUACAUUAAAUCAAUUUAAAAUCGAUAACCAAAUAGUUAUUAGUUCUAAAUUAUUUAUGUGUUGAAUCAUACAUUACGUACAAUAUUAUACCGAUAUCAAAACUGUAUUAUAUUAAUAAUUAAAUAAGAUGAUGGUUUAAACUUAAGUAAUGGUAAACAACCAUGUGUUUUUUGAUUAUUGUUUUAGUAUUUUCCCAUACACCAUUAAAUUGUACACAAUUCGCUUUAAUAAUAAAUAAAAUAUAAAUGUGUUUGUUAAAUAUAUGUAUAUAGAUAUAUAUGCAUACAUACAACAGAUAUAUACAAAUAUCGUCCAGCAAUUUAUAAAUAAUACAAAAUAGUGAUCCCUAAAAGUUUUAUAACACAAAUUUAUUUUUAGUAUAAAUUAGUUUAGUAAAUUGGAUUAAAAGUAAAUAAAAUGGUAAAUUAAAAAAAAUGUAUAAUUUUUAGUAUAGCUAAUAGAUAUAAAUUAUUCAGUUAUUUGUUUACAAUAAUAUAAUUUUUAUAAUACACAAUAGGUAUUAUAAUAUGACUGCAGUGAGAAGAAUACUCCAUUCAAGCAUGUGUAGAGCCCUAUUGGCUACCAAUGUAAAAUUUGAAACAAACCUACUUUAAAAUGUGUUGUCUUUCAGUUGUACAUAUUCAAGUCAUAAUAAUGUAUUAUGAAUAAUAUCAUAAUGAUUAUAGGUUUCCAUUUCACCUUUAAUUAAUUCUUAGGUAUUCAUGCAAAAUAAUAAGAUAAACAUACAUUCAACUUAACAAAUUGUUGUAUGACCAUAAGUAUAGAAAGAUAAACAUUAUACAUUGUCUACAUGAGUAGAAAAAGCAAUUUUCCGGGUCACCACCAUCAAAUAGGUUUGAAUUGAGGAUAUCUGAUUAUGAAUAGCAAAUGGAUGAAUUAUCAGGUACAUGCAUACUCGGUUAAAAAAAAAAAAAAAUUGAGAAUAAGCAGGUUAAGUGUUUUGAUUGCUUUGGUUAAAACAAAAUAUGCAUGUCCUCAAAAGUAAAAAUACUUUUUUCUUACUUAUCAUAAAAGUAAACCAUGAAAAUUAAAUAAACAUUAAUUUUUAAUUGAACUAUUUAAAAUUUUAGUUUUCUUCUUGUUUUAUUAAAGACUUGUUUUAAUAAUUAAAUAACAUUUAAGACAUUUCAAUAAUAAUAAUAAAUAUUUAAAACAAUAAAGAAUUGUUACUGAUAUAUAUAAAUGGUUUUUUUCUCAUAAAUUAUUAUCUAUACAAAUAAUGAAAUAUGUCUUUAUGUUUGUUAUUUUAUCAAUCUAAUAACUUACUUUCUUUUUUUAUUAUUAUUAUUUACCAUUCUGAAUCAUAAAUAAAAUGUCAUUUAAUAAAAUAUAUCCCUAUUUAUUUUUGAAUAAAAUAAUUAGUUUGAAAAAUGUAUUAUUUAAAAGUAAAAGAAUGUUUUAUAAAAACAUAUUAAGAUAGUAAGUCUAAUGACAAAGCAAAUGGAAAUAAUAUAUUAGGCUUUAAAAUUAGCCUAAAAUAAAUUAGGCUACCAAGGGGCUUUUGAUACUUUUUAUAGUGCUGUCUACAAAAAAAAAAAAAAUAAAAAAAUAAUUGCGUUAAGUAUUGCCUAGGUAAUAGAAUUAGAAUAAAUAUAUGUAACUAUUCAAAUAUUUCAACUUACCACUAGACAAAUAAAAACAAGUCAUUUGAACUCAAAAGCCUAAUAUUUUUUAAAACAAUUUACAAAACAUAGCUUAAGUGCUGGGUAGUAGUAGUAAAUGACCUCUUAUCAUUAUUAUUUUAUUAAUGAGGGUAUUUCUACCUAGCACUCCAAACAAGAGGUUGUCCGCUUAAAACAAACGAAGAUGACAGGCAUUGCAAAUGAUAAUGGUAGUUGUAGGCUGCUUGUAGCGAAACAUUGACACUUCAACCCUUGUUAUGGAGACAACCAAUAAAAGAAGCUAUAAAUUUGUUCAUGUAUGAGUUUUGCUAAAAAACAGAUAGUUGAAGCCAGUGCAAGGGUAGGUACACACGAUGAUAAAAAAAUAAAAAUAAGUCUAGCUUAGGUAUGCCACCUUUAUUAAGUACAAGCUACUUUAUUCACAAUGUAUUUUAAAGCAUUUUACUAUAGAAAAAUAGCCUUAAUUCUACCAUAAGUAUUUGCAACAUACAUAUAGGCCUAAAAAAAAUGUUUUAUUUAUUUGAAAAUAGCCAAUAACCAAGAUAAAUAAUGGCUAAUGAAAGCUUUAUAGCCUUUUUUUUUUUUUUUUUUUUUUAUUUUUUUUUAUUUUUUUAAUGUAUUUAACAGUAUACUAUUUAACUAAUAUAUUUUCACACAAGCUGAACUCCAAUCCCAAAUUUUCAGUGUUCAUAUUAAAAUUUAGUUAGUAUUUUUAAAUAAUAAAUGUAAUUAAUAUAAAUAUAUAUAUAUAUAUAUAUAUAUGUAAAAAACACGAGGUUUCCAUGAAAAAAGGAAGCUUGGUGGGCAUUAUAUUGGCAGAGCUGUGUUUUUUAUUGCACAUGCACAAUAAGUAUGAAAAGUUUAUUAGAAACAUUAUUUUUGCUAUAGAAUACAUUAGGAUUGGAAUUUGGAAUGACAAUUUUACUAAUAAAAAAAAAGAGGUAGAUGAUUAAAUCUAAGUAUAACAUUGAUUAAGGCAAUACCUAUUUUAUCACAAUUCAAAAAUUCUUAAAUUACACAGUAUUUUAGUUCAAACUCUAUAACGAUUAUAAAAGACAUAAAAACAUUCUUUUAGUAUUUUGUAAUUAAAAAUAGAUUUGUUAAUAUCUAUUGAUUAUAACAUUUGUAAAAAAAUUAAUUAGAACAUUUAUGUUCUACAUAUUCAAAAAAUAAUAUUUGAUUAACAGUUUACAAAAUUGAUUUUAACAUAAUCACUUAAUUAUACAAACAUUUAUUAAUUUGCUCAAAUUCAUAUGCACGAAAAAAACAAUAAUGGACUCAAAUCACUAAACUAUAGGUUUAUGGAUUAAAAUGCAAUUAUUAAUUUAAAAAAUAAUGUUGCUUGAAAGCACUUACACGAGGAACUAUACGAUACAAUAGUUUAAAAUAAUUAUGAAUUACAAUAAUAUAGUAAUGAUUAAACAAUAAUAUAGGUAAGGUUAAAUAUUGCAAUAUCUGGUUAUAAGCGAGUAGAUUAAAGUUCAAGCGCAUUACAAUUAAAAUAGGUAAUGUAAUAAUUAAAUGUUAAAACACAAAAAAUCUAAAUAAUGGCAUAAGUAAGACAACUUAAUAUUAAAAUAACUCAAAAUAAUGAUUAUUAUACUUAAAAUUAACUGAUUUUAACUGUAUUAACAGGUGGUUUUAAAAGCAAAAAACUAUGUUUCAUAAAAAUGAUUUUUCCAGGGUAAAAAUAAUGUAAUAUUAAAUAGACACAAAAGCAUGUUUUAAUAGCUGUGUAUAAUUAAUUAAUAAUAAUCAAAUAGUGAAGUCGUCCGAAAUUGUCAAGUAGUUUUCAUUUUUUUAAAGGGCUGUUGAACUUCUUCCUCACUUUUAAUGUUAUUAAUGCUGCCAUUUAAAGCAGCUGGGUUUAAAUUACCAUUCAAAUUGCUAUUAUGUAUGUGAUGUUGUAUUUGUGCUGCAAUAAACUGUUUCAUAGAUGGUGAUGUCAUCAAAUUUGGAUUAGGGGCCAAUUGUGGAGCUUGGAAAGCAGCCAAUGGCGGAGGUGGUGGUCUCAUGGCUAUUAACUGAUUGAAUACCGCUGCAAAUGCUUGAUGUUGUUGCAUUUGAACUUGUUGCAUAGGAUCCUGUAAUUGAUUCUGAACUUGGGCUUGUGACUGAACUAAAUGAGCUUGAGCUUGGUUUUGGGCUUGAGUCAAUUGAACUUGUUGUUGUUGGUGUUGCUGUUGUAAAGAUUGUUGUUGUUGUUGUUGUUGAAGAAGCUGUUGUUGUUGAGGAGACAUGGCAAGCAAAUGAUGAAAUGCAGCGAGUUGUUGGGAUUGUAAUUGAGUUUGAGUUGAUGGUAAUUCAGGAGUCUGCGGUUUUUGCGGGGCUAUUAUAGACUGUUGUGUUUGUUGCUGUUGUUGUUGAGUUUGCUGCUGUUGUUGUGUUACUGCUUGAGGUUGUGGUUUUGGCAUUGCAGAUAAAGCUGCUGCAGUUGAAGUAGGAGGGUACUCUGCUUGUUGUGGAACAAACUGAAAUAAUUGCUGAUAAGCUGCAUUAGCACUAGGUUGAAACAUUGGUAACCCUGCUUUAUCUCCUGAAUGUCUUUUAAAAGGCAUUAAUCCAGGCAAUGAUAAGUUUUCAUAAUAGAAAGGUGAGAUUUUACUCAAGUCCAUAUCCAAACGUUCAGGUGGUUGCAAAUUUUGUGUUACGACCGAUUGUUGUAUUGCGAUGGCGGCCAAAUUAUUGGGAUUAGGGGCAAAAAAUUGGGAUAAAGGAUUCAUAAGUGGAUUAGAAUGACUAAAAUAGGGAUUAAAUGUAUUUCCUAUUUGAGUACUGGGUAGCUGUGCUAAGUAAGCAGGAUUUGGCAUAGGUGCAGGUACUUGUCCAGGAACUAUUGGCUGAUUAGCCACUAGACCCAUUUGCUGCACUAAAGCAUUUUUGAGAGCUAAAUGGUUUCGACCAUUUAUUAAAAGUUGAUCUUUUAAAUGUUGUGGAGGAUGAAAAUACUUACAAGGGGGUUUUGUUCUGUUACAUCUCCCUUUGAUACUAUCAUAACAGGCAGUUACUUUGCCAUUCUGUACAUCUACAUUAGUAGCAGGAUGAGCAAAUUUACAUUCUGUGUCACUGCGUGAGCACUUGUUUCUUUGGAAUUCACGACAAACUUCAAGUUGCAGCCACCGAGAAUCUUUCCCAUUCAUUAAACUAUUCAUGUUAACAACAGCCAUUUCUUAACUAACUUACAAGUCUUAAUUUACAAAGGAUUGUCUGUUAUAUAAAAAUAUUGUCUUAAAAAUACCAAUUACAAUAACUUAAACACAACAAAUAUAUUAAAUUCACAAUAAAUCCAAGGAACAAUUCAAAAGGACACUAGUUUAGUGAUUUGAUUGUCCAUGAGGAUUUAAAUUUUAAGUUUCUCAAAAGCGUUUUGAAGAGAUGUUAUCUAAAUUAUCACUUAAUUUAAUGUAUGUAUAUAUUUCUAAAGAAAAAGGAGUUAUGGUAGAUUUACUUAUACUAGAUAAGAUAAAGGUAAACACAAUUAGCUUGCAAAGCGAAUUAUAACAAAACAGCUUGGAAAACUACUCACUUUUGAAACAAGUCUUUACGUUGUUCAGUUGUCCAUGGUCUUCCAUAAAAUCCUAAAAUAAAAAUUUCAUAUUAAUAACUUGACUAAGGUCAAAAGUAUAUACUAAAUGUAGAUACUAAUUUAAAGUAGGCAAAGGGAUUAGAAUACUAUCUUGUUAUCUUAAUUACCUAUCUUAUGAAAAAAAAAAAUGAUCUUAGGUACGUCUAUGCCCUAUGUGCACAAUCCUGUAAUCUUAACUAUUUUUUUCGUUGAAGGAAAUUCAUGUUAAAUAAAUCACAAUUCUUUGAUGUUUAUUAACAAUUAUGGACACAGGGCAAUACCUAAACAGCAACUGAUGUAAUUAAUACCUACUUAAUAAUAAAUUGUACAUUACAUUGAUACAGAUUACACCUUGGGAAUUUGUGAAUUUUUCUGAAUUGUACAUCAAAUUGUAUUAAUUGUAUUCACCCAGAACUUUACAUUUAUAUACUUAGGUAAUCUUGAAAAUAGUUAUCAGAAGUCGAGAUAACAAAAUAGUAUAAGAAUUUAAGUAAAAUUUAGAAAUAUUAUUAAAAUAAAGCUUAUAUAACUGUAUGAUUGGAAAAACAGAAAUUGAUUUAAAUCAUUCAAGAAAUAUGCUGGAUUAUGAUUAAUGAAUUACCCAAUAGGUAAUAUAAAAAAUAAACUUUUUGUAUGCAUUAAAUACAUGUUUAUCCUUAAUACACAAUAAUUUUUUUAAGCAAAUAAAUCUACUUAAAACACACGUAUUAAGUAAAUGUUUCAAGAUAAAAUUAUUGUUAUUAUUUAAUAUAUAACUGGUUAAACAUAAUACUAUGAAUUAUAUCUAAUCGUAAAAACUAUAAGUAGUAUUAAAUAAUAAUAAUAAACCAAAGUAAUAAAUAAGCUUCUAAGUCCUAGGUAAUUUUUAAUUUUAAAUUAUUUUUGACAACAAUUCUAUCAUUGAUACUAAGAUUUUAAUUAGAAACUUAGUUUAAUAUAACUGAAUAAAUCUUUUAUCACUUAGAUGAGUAAAUAUGUGACGUUUUAAAUUAUCAGUAUUUAUAAAAGGGAAAAGGUCCAAAGAAAAUUAUUUAGUACAUAUUGUAAACUAGUUGUACAUUUACACCAAGUUAUGGAAAAUAUAUCAAAAAAGAAGGAACAUACUUCACACGAUUGGGUGGAUCACUGCUGUAGUUGGAAAAGUAAAAUUUAGAGAGGAAUUUAAAGUAUUUCUGUGCACAAGGAUUAAACAUUACUAGCAAAAAACAAUUCUGAUGGGAAUUUGGUUAAAAAUGUUUUAAAAGACUGUAAUAUUUACAAUUUUUGUCAAAAUUUGAUAUUCAAAUUCUUAUAAAAAAAUUGUACAUUACACUAAAUGUUUUUUUUUUUUUUUUUAAACACGAUGUACAAUUUAUAAUGUAUAUUACAUUAUAUUAUAUAAUGUAUUAUACAAGAGCAAAUAUGAAAAUUGAGGUAAUGACCUUGUUAAAUUUUUAAGCAUUUCUGUUUGGUCUAACAAUUUUAUUUACACAGUAGAUACCAAAUAAAAAUUAAGUAAAAGAACUCACAAAAUUAAAAUAUACAUAAGACUAAAAAAUGGCUAAAAUGCUUUGAAAAUUUGACCAGGUCUAGAAAAAGUAAAUAUAAGUGUUUUGUCCAAAUUUCAAGUCUACAAAUAUUUUUAACUAAAUCACAACAAAUAAACAGAAUUUAAAAUAAUAUAUUUUACCUAUAGAUUUUGUUUUUCCCAUUUAUUAUAAAAACUCAUUCGAAAAUCAAUAAAUUACCUCACUGUGCCAACACAAAUAAAAUUUCUUUUCAGAAGAGGUCUUACACUUGAAAAUCAAAGCGAUUUCUGGUAGAAAAUGUAUUCACAGUGAAAAAAAUUAACACCAUUGUAAAGCUAAUAAAUAUCUUUACUUUGCUCAGAAUUUAAAAUAAUGAUAGAUAUAAUCGUACAAUAUUUUGAUAUCAAUAAAUUAGAUGAACCUGAGCAAGACAACAUAAAUAGAUAUGACCAUAUUCUUACUGAUAUACAAUUACUUCACAAAAUCUUGUUUAUUACUUUUGUUUUUGGCAUCUCAUUGGUUGUUUAAAUUACCACUAUUUUUAAAUUCUGUGUAAAUUGUAAAGAUUUGUUGCCACAAAAUGUUAAGCAUUAUAUGUUAUUAUAGUAAUUAAAAAUAUUAGUAUUCUUAACUGUUGUCUUAUUAAAUUUUAACCUAGAUAGAUAAAUUAAAUUAAAUGUUAACUAUGUACCUAUGAUUUUUUAUUUGUGUGAUAAAAAUUAUCACAAUUAAUGAAAUGACAAAAACAAUAGUAAUCUAGUGCACUAGAUCUGUCAAGAAACACGUAUCAAUGUGAUCUUGUCUAUCUAUAUUGCCGUGAUCUAGAGAUUGUCUACAAAGAUAUAUACUAUAUCUGGAUUCUAUGCGCCAUAAAUACAAUAAAUUAUGAUCUUAGGAUUUUCAAACAAUAAUUUAGGUUUAACAAAACAAUUUUUAACACUAAAAUCUAUAAAAUUUUAAAAUUUAGACCAAUUUAGUGAAGAGUAACAUUUGUAUAUCCAAAUUUUAAUAACCUCCUCUAGUUUAAAUUUUAAAAAUUUAUAAUUUAUUAACAAUAUUUAUUUGAAAAUGGAGAGGGGUUACUACUUAAAGUAAAAUUUUGAUGUCUAAAGUGCACACAACAAGGUUAGAAUUUUGAAAGAAUUGUUCAUAAAAAUGAAAAAAAAAUAUAUACAAUUUUCUAAAAAUCUUGAUAGAAUUAAUAGGUCAUAGGUCACAAAAAUAAAAUCACCCUAUAUAGCUGGUAUCUACAUUAACAUACACUUAAUAUAACCAGACAUAUUGAGUGUCUGCACAUUUUUUUUUGUUAGACAAGUAGUCACUCAAAUUAUAGUAGGUACAGUAGGUACCUACCUGCAAUCAUCACGUUUCUAUUUAUUCAGUUGAAUAAAUUACAAACUUGUAUUUUUUUACAAUUUUUAAAGGUUAGGUUCUUUUAACUGUUAUAAGAUUUAGAGUGAAAGAUACAUUCUUUUAAAAGAAAAAAUAAUGAAUCAAUACAUUUUCUAUAUAAAUAAAAAAAAUACCCGUUGAAUACCAAUGUAUUUUAAUUUAUAAUUAUUACGUGUCUAUCAAUUAUAUAAAUAUACGCCAUACGGAUUAAGGAUUACAUAAGUAGGUAUUAAAGAUGUUAAUUUAAAUGUUUAACGUAAGAAAAACUUCGGAAUUAAAUGAAAUCAACGUCUGUAUCGAAAUCUUUAUUUCUAUAGACCGUACUCGUAUAAAACACGUUAAUGCCGUCAACCAAUACGGCACUAUAGUCACACCCACACACCACAUACGUGUCGUAAUGCGCAUGGAAAUUAAAUAUUAGAUAUAAUAUUAUACGAUCACAAUAUCUGACAGUCUGUCAAUACUAAUAGUAGAAGAUAUAAAUAGUUAUAAUAAAUAUUAACAAUAAAUGUAUAAACAAUGAAUUAAUAUUACAGCAUACCUUCAACAACACCACAAAUAAAAUUAUCAUUUUGCGAAACGCAGCAGUUGUCAGCCAUCUUGACGGAGAUAUGAUACACACAGAAUCUUCAAGUCUAGAUCUUCUCCGACAGAAGCUGCCUGAUGUGAUGGUUGUAGCGUAGAGUUGUUGUUGUCGCCUCCGUUGUGUCCUUAAAGUCGUAGUCCACUAGAUAGAAGACAAUAUUCCUCCAGUUAGUGUGUUCAAUAGAAGCAUCCGUACGUAACGCACAACUGUGUAUUUAUUUAUUUUUCUGAAAGUUUUUUAUUUAACUAUUGAGCUCAAAAAUUAGUCACACAGAAAGAUGACACACAUCAAUUUUCUUUUAACGCAAAAGUCAAUAAUCGUGAAUAGUGCAUACUACAUUAGUAAAGUUCGAUGAAAAAGCAAACAAAACGUCAAAUCGAGUACCACAACAAUAACGUUUGGUAUCGUCGUCAGAACAAUGAAAAUGGACAAAUGUACCCCCACGCAAGUCGCCGGUUAGUUGGCACCUCUGUGGUAGUUAAUCGGGAACACCAACCUAUCAGUUUUAGAGGCCACACUGAGCAUAUCGAUUAUCAGUAAGAUACUAUUGGUUCUAAAUAUUAUCAGCGAUACAAGUUAUAUAGACAAUAAUAUAGUUUCCCGGGUUUUCGCGUCUCACCAAUAAAGAUUAAAUCCAAAUUCGUAGAACGUACUCAUAUAGGUCUCAAUUUAGUAUCCGAAUUUAAAACCUUACUAUCUUAAAAUAUUGUAAUUAGUGAGUAGUAAAAACUUUAUUUUAUGAGUAUAGAUACGCUAUUAUUUACUGUAAUUUAAAAACUGCAAGUAUGGCGAUAUAUUUUAUUAUUAAUGUUAUCUAGGCUAUGUAAUAUAAAGCUAUUUACCUAAACUAAUAAUUUUAAGUAGUUUUCUCUGUAAUUUACAUUAUAUACCAUGGCUAAUGACAUAAACGAGAUCAAAGAUAAAUUUAGAGAUUUUUAUUUAUACAGCAAAUUUGAAGAAGAUUUAAAUGAUGAUUUGAAAACCGCAAAUUCGAAAAGAAAAUGCCUGUACCAAGCUUAUUCUUUGGCAAACUCUUUGUAAAUUCAUAUUUAUGUAUUAUUCACAUAAUUUACAAUAAUGUAUAUUAUAAGAUUAAACACCACUAUAUUAUUUUACAGAAAUGAAACUGAUUGGAUUUGGAGUCAUAUGAAAUCUGAACUAAAAUCUUACUCAAACCUUAUUGAUAACCCAAAAUGUGUCAAUAAUUUUAUGUCAGAUAUUCAUAAUUUAACUUCAGGGAUUAAUA